AUAUCUAAUGCAAUUUUAUAAGUGGCAUUUGACUGUAUUAAAUCUGUAAUGGAAUUUACAAUAUUAAAAACAUAUGUUUGAUGUUAUUGUUUGAAAAUGGUUAGUGGAAAAGCAUUUCGGGCGGGUCUUAGAAAACCUAUGCCCCAUUUACCAAAUGGACACCGAAAAAUACCACCUGAACAACAGAAUAUACCAAUACGUGUGGUACCAGCAUUCACAAUACAAAGUUUACAAAAGAAUACGAAAGUUGAGCCACCGCCACGAUUAAAUAAUAUGGAUGAGCGUCACGUAAAGCCAUCAUUAUUUCGUAAACAUUAUUUAAGGGGUGAUUUUCCAAUUAAUUUAGAAUUUGAUACAUUUGGUAAUAAAAUCGGAUGGAGGGUUGAAAUUGAUAAAUUGGAUUUUCAUUACUAUUUACCAAUGUUUUUUGAUGGAUUAGUUGAGACAGAAGUUCCAUAUAAUUUUUUUGCACAUCAAGGAAUUCGUGAUAUGUUAGCAAAUGGUGCACACAAAGUAUUUCCAGUGUUACCACAAUUAAUUAUUCCAAUUAAAAGAGCAUUAAAUACACGAAAUAUUGAAGUGAUAUGUAAAACUUUACGAGUAUUACAAGAAUUAGUUAAAUGUGAUGAAAUGAUUGGCGAAGCACUAGUACCUUAUUAUAGACAAAUAUUACCUGUGUUUAACUUGUUUAAAGAAAAAAAUAUUAACUGUGGUGAUAAAAUAGAUUAUACACAACGUAGAAAACAAAACGUCGGUGACCUGAUAAAUGAAACUCUGGAACUGCUAGAAAGAACUGGUGGUGAGGAUGCUUUUAUAAACAUAAAGUAUAUGAUUCCAACAUAUGAAUCUUGUAUUUUAAAUUAAAAUAGUACAAUCAUAAAUUGUAGUUAGCAAAA